CAUCUUAUGGAAGAAAUGAAGAGGAAAUAUGUAGUAAGCUGUCACAAGGAAAUAAUGGUAAUUGCGAUUUCUACUCUCUUUGUUUAAGACUUCAUAUUAUUUUACCACUACUAGGAAACAUUUUCAAUAAUAAAGAUUCGAAUAUAAGAACUAAUUGGUGUAAUUAUUUGAACUAUUGGAUAUACGAUUAUAUAGAAAAUAUCACAUCAUGUAAUGACUCUAAACAGUUUUAUAAGAAAUUACAUCCUUUAAGCUCACAAUAUCUUUCACAGUAUAAUUGUAAUAUAGAAUAUCCUACAAUUGGACCUGAUGAAUUAAUUAAAAGAAAAAAUAUCUCUAUAUUCU